AUUUGAUUCGAGCAUCGAUCUCGUACCGCGCAUAUCCAUGGACACCGACCAGUCUCGCGUCAUCCGUCUUCCUCCUUACCAGUACCUGCAUGUGCUGGAUACGAAUAUCAACGUCACUCGCGUGCUCUCUGGACCGCAGACGUACACCCGUCAAGACCACGAGAAGAUCGUUGCGGGGCCAAACCCGAUGCUCAUCGUGCCGCCUCAAAGCUUUGUGGUCGUGGCCAACCCCGUGUUGAAAGAUGCUUCCGGCCACGUGGUGGUGGACCAGUACGGCCAAGCCAAGCUCCGCCACGGCGAGCGCGAGAUUCGUAUCGCGACGGCGUACCCGGACCCAUUCCCGUUGUACUUUGGCGAAGUCCAAGUGGGGUCCGUGGACAAACUGACCGUGUUGGACGCGAAUUCAGCGCUGCGACUUCGCGCCAACCGCGAUUUUGACGCGCACGUAGCUGGAGACGAGUGGCAGUUUGUCGGCCCCGCCACGUACAUUCCUCGGGUGGAAGAGGACGUGAUCGGGUCGAUCUCAGCGACCGUCGUCAAGACGAACGAAGCGCUCAAGCUCCGCGCCGACAAGAAGUGCGUCGACUGCUUUGGGUUGCCUCGGGAAGCGGGCGAGGAGUGGCUCGUGCGCAGCCCUGGCAUGUACCUCCCCCGCGUGGACGAGCGCAUCGUGGGCAUCGUGCACGCCACAAUUCUAACCGACAAGACGUCGCUGUUUCUGCGAGCGCUGCGGACGUUCAAGGACGUGUACAACGUCCAGCGCAAGGCGGGCGAGGAGUGGCUCGUCACUUCCAAGAUGGCAGAAACACAUGUCCAGGACGUGCACGAAGCCAUCGUCGGCCCCGUACAGAUCACGACGCUGACCAAUCGCCAGUACUGCGUGGUCAUUGACCCCGUCGUGAACGGCGUGCAUAUGCUCGGGACGCGGGAGCUGCGCAAGGGUGAAACCAGCUUCUUCCUCCAGCCCGGCGAGAGCUUAGAGGGCGAACGGGGCAUUCAAAACGUGUGCUUGCUGGCACACGACGAAGCUGUGCUCGUACAAGCGAAUGAGCGAUUUGUGGAUGAAACCACCGCCGACGUCCGGGAAGCAGGGGUCAAAUGGAUGGUCUACGGGCCGUGUGAGUACAUCCCGCCCAUUUCUGUCAAAGUGCUCGAGAUCCGCCAAGCGAUUCCCCUCGACAAGAACGAAGGCAUUUACGUCCGCGAUACCAAGAGCGGCAACGUCCGCGCGGUCACUGGCGCCACGUACAUGCUCCAGCCGACGGAAGAAUUGUGGGCCAAACACAUGGGCGACGAGAUCGAAGAGCUGCUUCAGAUGGAUUCGUAUGUGGACGACACGGCGCCCUUGUCAGCGGCUGCCACGUCACGAGACCCCACGCGAGUGGUGACGUUUGAAGUGCCGCACAAUACAGCCAUUCAGGUGUACGAUUACUCGUCGACCAUGUCCCGCAUCAUGUUUGGGCCGACUCUGGUGAUGCUCAACCCCGAAGAACAAUUUACAGUCAUCAAACUGUCGGGCAAUGUGCCCAAAACCCCCAAAGCCAUCAAAACGUUGUGUCUCCAGCUUGGCCCUGAUUUUAUGCGUGACCAGAUCACCGUGGAAACCUCCGACCACGCCCGACUACGUCUCACAAUUGCGUAUAAUUGGCACUUUGACGUGGGAAAUCGCGAUCAAGCGACGGCGGCGCGCAUUUUUUCUGUGCGCGACUUUGUGGGCGACGCUUGUAAAACGCUGGCCAGUCGGAUUCGCGGCGCCGUGGCUGUGGAAACGUUUGAUCAUUUUCAUAAACACAGUGCCCAAAUCAUCCGGACAUCGAUCUUUGGGUUGGACGACGCAGCGAGUGGGAAAUUAAAAGCCCAGCUGGUAUUUCCUGCGAACAACUUGUGCAUUACGAACGUGGACAUUCAGAGCGCCGAGCCCGUGGACGUGCAAACGCGCGACAGUUUGCAAAAGUCGGUUCAGUUGGCGAUUGAAAUCACGACCAAGUCCCAGGAAGCCAAAGCCAAGGCGAUUGCAAUGAAGGAAGACGAGGAGGCUAAGGGACUGUUGGUGACCCAGCAGCUGGAGAACCAGACGAACGCAGAGAAGGCGCGUAAGCAGCUCGUGGAGCUCAGCGCCCAGUGCGCCGCCGUGGAGGCGGAGGGUGUAGCCGUAGCCCAAGCCAAAGCCAAAGCUCUAGCCGCGGAAAUCGACGCCGAGGCCGCCGUGUCGCAGACUAAAUUACGCAUGCAAGCGCAGCAGAUGGAGCACGAUAGCAACAUGUUACGUCGAAAGCAAGAAUAUGAGCUGGAGGUGGCACAUGCCAAGCAAAUGGCCGAGCUCGAGGUGGCCAAGAAGAAGCAACUGAUGAGUAUAGAAGCCGACAAGUUCAAGUGUAUGAUGGAUGCAAUUGGGCGGGAUACGAUGGUGGCCAUGGCAAGAGUGGGUCCGGACGCCCAAGUCAAAUUGCUAAGUGCACUGGGACUCCAGGGAUAUUUGAUCACGGACGGAAAGAGCCCCGUGAAUUUACUCACCACGGCCCAAGAUAUGAUCAAAAACAUCACUACCACCACCGCCACUGCGACCAACGAGUAGAAGUAGUACUAUACCAACCGAUUUGACCCAGAAUGAUUAUAAAUAGAAUCAAACAGUGUCUUUUGUACUGUACUGGAA